CGCAAACAGCAACCCACGCCGUGUGAAGGAGAUCGCCCGUUCGUUUUUCCCACCCUUCCCACCCCCAUCAUCACAUCACGGAGACGCUGACUGAGGCACCACACGAGGGCAAGGGCGGGCGAUGCUUGAGUGGGUACGGGACUGGCUUGCCCCGUACGUGCAGCUGUCAAAGAGCCGUGAUGAGCGACAGGGCAUAAACAACCUCCGCAUUGGACUGAGCACCAUCAUCGUCGCCCACCACGCUGGCAUGCCAUAUGGAAACGCAGGACCGUGGAUUCUUGUGAGCGAACAUCAGACAGACUGGCUUGGCGGGUUCUUUGCGUUGAGCGAGGCGUUUGCGGUUCCCAUCUUCUUCACGCUCUCCGGGUACUUUACUGAACUGUCGCUGCAGCGCAGUGAUGUGUGGGCGUUCUGGAAACACCGCAUCCGGCGGCUGUUCGUGCCGCUGAUGACCAUGCUGCACAUUGUCAACCCGACGUGCUUCUACUACGCCUACCGCGUGCACUCGCAUGCGCCAGAUGCAGCCACGGUUGGGUGGUGGGAGUUCUACACCAGCCACUGGCUGGGCCUGCGGCAUCCGCAGCACUUUCAGUGGCUGCACACCGGCCUCAGCGUGCCACUGUGCUCCAAGAUCCACAUGUGGUUUGUUGAGACGCUGCUGGGCCUCACGGCGGCGUGGACGCUUGCACGACCGCUUGUUGCGCGGGUUGAGCAGCAUGCCCGCGCACGCGGCUGGGCGUGCUCCCCAGACACUAUGCGCAGCAGCGCGAGUACACGUGAUAUUGCGCAGCACCAGCGGAGGAGACCUGUCCAUAAGCAGCAGCAGCAGCAGCAGCAGCAGCAGCAGCAGCAGCAGCAGCAGCAGCAGCAGCACAGCACGGGUCGCGUGUGGCGCGUGGCUGUGGUUGCUGGUCUCAUCACGGGCGCCGUCACGUGGGCCGUCAGGAUCCGCCAUCCCCUCGACGAGCGACUGGACUUUGCGCUUACAUAUGUCAAGCCCGCACGCUACCCGCAGUACGUGCUCAACUUUCUGCUUGGUGUUGCAUUUGCGCGACUAGGGUGCACGCUCAAGUCCACGCACAGGGCAGAACGCACGUCGCUUGCGGUGGCUGGCGGCUGGACGGCGCUGUUUCUGGUGGGCCGCGCGCAUAUUGAAGGGAACCACAGCCUCAUCUCGGCGUUUAAAGGCGGGUGCACGUGGCACUCGCUGGCGCUGUGCGUGCUAGAGUCUGUUGUGUGCGUGCACGCCACGUUUGGCCUGCUGUCUGCAAGCAUGCGGCACGCCAGCUACGAGAACAAGAGCACGCGCAAGAUGAGCGGCGCCACCUUUGGCGUGUACAUGCUGCACAUCCCCGUGGUCAUGUUCUGGCAGACGGCAUUGCAAGGGUGGCAGGUGCACGGCUCGCUCAAGUGGUUUGCAGUGACGCUGCUCUCUCUUCCGAGCGCCUUUGGCCUCAGCCUGGCCACCCGCUCCGUUCCCCUCGUCUCCUCUUUCCUCGGCAUGCACAAGUGAUUGUGUGUGUGUGUGAUUGUAUGAUAUUGGAUGUGAUUGUGUGUGUGUGUGUGUGUCUGUG